GGAGCCUCCUGAGCCAGCUCAGCAUGGUGGAGUUCGCCCCCCUGUUGCUUCCAUGGGAGCGCAGGCUCCAGACCUUCGCGGUCCUUCAGUGGGUCUUCUCCUUCCUGGCCUUGGCCCAGCUCUGUGUGGCCAUCUUCGUUGGCCUCCUGUUCACGAGGUUCUGGCUCCUAUCUGUCCUGUAUGCCACCUGGUGGUACCUGGACUGGGAAAAGCCACGGCAGGGAGGCCGGCCCAUCCAAUUCUUCAGACGAAUGACCAUAUGGAAGUACAUGAAGGAUUACUUCCCCGUCUCUUUGGUCAAGACAGCUGAGCUGGACCCUUCCCGGAACUACAUCGCCGGCUUCCACCCCCACGGAGUCCUGGCGGCAGGAGCCUUUCUUAACCUGUGCACUGAGAGCACAGGCUUCACCUCGCUCUUCCCAGGCAUCCACUCCUAUCUGAUGAUGCUGACUGUGUGGUUCCGGGCCCCCUUCUUCCGAGAUUACAUCAUGUGCGGGGGGCUGGUCUCAUCGGAGAAGGUGAGUGCUGAUCACAUUCUGAGCAGGAAGGGCGGCGGGAACUUGCUAGCCAUCAUCGUUGGGGGCGCGCAGGAGGCACUGGACGCCAGGCCUGGAGCCUACAGGCUGCUGCUGAAGAAUCGCAAGGGCUUUGUCAGGCUCGCCCUCACACAUGGGGCAGCUCUUGUGCCAAUCUUCUCCUUUGGGGAGAACAACCUGUUCAACCAAGUUGAGAACACCCCUGGCACCUGGCUGCGCGGGAUCCAGAACCGGCUACAGAAGAUCAUGGGCAUCUCCCUUCCCCUCUUCCACGGCAGAGGUGUCUUCCAGUACAGCUUCGGCUUCAUGCCCUUCCGCCAGCCCAUCACCACCAUAGUGGGGAAGCCCAUUGAGGUGCAGAUGACACCACAGCCCUCAGAGGAGGAAGUGGACCGGCUUCACCAACGCUAUAUCACGGAGCUCUGCAAGCUCUUUGAGGAGCACAAACUCAAGUUCAAUGUCCCCAAGGACCAGCAUCUGGAGUUCUGCUAAGUGACUCCAGCCAGAGGACAGCUGCAACUGAGCGCCUGCAGGAGUGCAGGAUCAGGGGGACAUCACAGUCACCGGGAACUCCUACAAAGCCAGACACCGCUGCCAAGAUGGAAGCGGAGGCAGCUCCUAACCCUGGGAUUUGAACCUGCAGCCAAAGCUCUGAAGCCUCCCUGUCCUUGGCCUGUCGGCACAUCUGUAGAAUGGGGAGAAAAGCAGGCAGAAUUCCUAGGAGACCUAAUUCCUGAGGUCUCUCCCCACAGUUGUAAUGUCAUUUAAACAUGACCAAAGGACAACCAGGGAGAAAGAACAAAACUGUCCUUCAUUUACCCUAGAGGGACAGUGCAAAAGGAGGCAGCACCCCAAGCCUCUCCGACCCCAGGCCUCCCCGAACCUGCUCCCCAGAUGCCUCUUCUUCCCCUCUGAGCUGGAGACGGUAGCCAAGUCUGCCCUGGCACCCACUCUGUUUCUUCCAGGUUCUGGGUCAUCUGAGCUACGACAUGGAUACCAAAGGAGCCCAGCAGGGAGUUAAGGGGGACAGAGGUCACUGACUAUGACCGAGGGUAGGUCUCCCUCCCGUGUCCUGAGCCUCAGUUUCCCCAGCCUUAAUGACCUGGGGGGCCACACUGCCCGCACCACCAGGAAGCCUCUUACUCAUGCAAAACUCCAGCCUCUGUCUUGGCACUAACGGGCAGCACUGUGCAUGUUACUUCAAUAAAUGAAAGGAAUCUGUCUUAA